GCUUGCUAAGGAGCCAGAAUAACGAAGGCCGAGAAGCGGCCUUCUUAUAUACUGGCCUUCGAAUCCGUCCCGUGCUUAGGAUCGCCAAGUCCCUUCGUCGAGCUCAUGAAUCUGCCUCCAAUCUUUAUUCCGCCAUCUUCCACGCCUGGAGAGGUGAAUGUCACGAAGGACAUGAGACCAGGCUAUUUCUGGAGGACCGAAUUCCGGACAGCAAGAGCUGCAGAUCGGUUAAUAUGUCCCUAGCUUUUCCACUGGUAUUUUCGACAAUCCCCUCGGAAAAGAAGAGAGUCUGGCACGAAACAGUCGUUAAGGUACUCUACGAUGAAGAGGAUGGUUUAAACACUUCCCACAGCGUGACAUUCAUCAUCACCAGGGCUGAGCCUCCCAGGCCCCGGAUCGUCCCGGUGGACAAUAUUUGUGCUGUGAUCAACCCAGCCAGCCAUAUGGCUUUUGUUCUCACCAAACAACACAAAAUCGGAAUGAUGAUAGCGGGUGGCUCUGGGCUAGCCACCUCCGCCCCGUCCGCAAAGAGAUCCCUGAAGGAGCUUUUCUCCAUCCAAGCGGACAGGCGACGCGGAGUUACCACUAUACCUCUAAAGUUCCGGAUGCUCCUCGCACUCCGACUUGCAUCAAACCUCCUCCAACUAUUGCAAACACACUGGCUUCCCAACGCGUGAUCACACGGAAUGGUUUUCUUCCCCGUCACGACAGCAGCACAUCAAGGAAGCAACCCCGAUAUUGACUUCAGCCGGCCAUUUAUAUCUGUUAACGUGUGGCUAGUACUGUGCCUUGUAACUGCCUUGUACUACCUUGUAGUAUAGAAG